AUUCUUCAAAAACAUAUUAUUGAAUAUACUAAACAAAUUUUAGAAUAUGAAAAUGAUGAUACAGGAAAAAAACUGUUAUCAAAUUUUGUUAAUAAAUAUUGGUUCAAUAAUGAUAAUGAAAUUUCACAAGUUUUGAUCGAUUGGUUAGCAAAGAUUUCAUUGGUUCCUGAUGAAGCUGAAAAAGAUUCAUUAUCAUUGAUGGGAUUACGAUAUUUUUUGUGUAAAACUUAUGAUACUAGAAAACCUUUUGCAACAUUCGAACUUGAUAUUUUUGAAUAUAUCAUUAUUAAGAUUGUCAAAAUUAUCGUAAAAAGUUUAGAAAUCAAAGAUAAACAAAAUGAGAAAGAAAUUAUUUCCAAGAGAAUAAAUUAUUAUUUAAAAUUAUUAAUUCCUUAUAUUGAUUUACGUAGAAUUGAAUCCGAUUAUAUUAUUAAAAAAAUUGAACCAAUGAACGUAUUUCCUUCUGAAAUGAUUACAGAUGCUUACCGAUUCAAAUUACAAGAACAAAAUAAAAUAUUUCGAUCUAUUCGUGGAAUUCCAAUAUUUAGAUGGAAUGAUAAUAAUUUACAUGAUAACUUAUAUAUUUCUAAAGAUGGAUUCACCUUACAAGCUGAUCAAAAUCUUGACGCGUAUAAACAUGUGAUUGGAGAUUUAAUUAUCAGAGGGAAAGGAAUUUAUGAAUGGGAUAUUAUAAUUGAAAAAUUGUGUAAAACUAUUUAUAUUGGUAUUUGUGAUCAUAAAGAAUUUAAUCAAGAAUUUUGUUAUAAUAAUCAAUAUUAUGGUUGGGUUCUUGGAUCAGAUGGUUUUGUUUAUAAUAAAAAAAAAUGGAAAAAAUAUACAAGUGAAAAAUUUAAGGAAGGAGAUAAAGUUACGGUACAUUUAAAUAUGACAGAUAAAACUUGUGCAUUUUCGGUUAAUAAUUUUAGGAAUGAUGAUGUUACUGAAUGGAAAAAUAUUCCUUCUGAAAUUUGUCCUAUUGUCUCAUUGAAACAAGGUAGUAGAUUACGUAUACAACCUCAUUUUUUACUAUGAAUUAUAAAUCCUUAUAUAAGUUUUCAGGAUUUUUAAUGUUGUACCGUUCGCGGUCUCGUUUUCUUUCUAAGGUGAUAGUGGAAGAAGAGGUGAUAGCGGGUUAUAUAAGUCGUGGGAAAGUUAACUAAAUAAGAUUUGAGAUAA